AUGGAUAUUCAACACCUUGACGCAGCUUUUAUAUAUAUCAUAUGCGAGAACUUUUGUCUUCAUUGCCACGAAGGACGUGGAGAUCACCAGGACUUCCCUAGUGUAUCCGCCGCACAAGACGCCGAUGCGAAAACCCUUCGAUACACCCUCCUUAGCCUCUCUACAGUCUGUAAGAGCUGGGGUUAUAUAGCGCAGAAAACGCUCCACCACCACUUUGGCUUUUCUGAAGCAACGCCCCAAGCUGAGGUAUUGUUCUGCAGGACUCUCGCUGAGAACCCAGAACUAGCCAAGCAAGUCAAACAGGCUUUGCUAAGAUAUAUCUAUCCGGGUGAAACUCGUGCUGAGGGAGACUGGUUGGUCAAGUCCUUGACCAAAUUUUCCUGUAUUCUCGGCCCCCCAGGAGAAGACUUCAAUAUUAGAGGAUGGGAACGGUAUAUCGGAGCACUUGUCUUUCUUCAAAUACCUAACCUCGAAUAUCUCGAGACAAUAGCGAAAGAUCUAUGCCGAAUACUCGACAAUUUCAUGAAGCCUCUUUCAAUCCAUGGAAAACACCUGCCUCAGCGUCUGAGGACCCUGGAUAUCAAAAACAAGACUGUCAAAGAGACUGGAAUUUACAAUCCCCUCAAUCUGUCCGAAGGUUCUAUUGGCGGAUUCAUUGCAGCGCUUCCAAACCUCCAGAGCCUAGAAGCUGUGAAUCAGUCUCGUCAAACACUGCGAGAUCCACUACAGUUCCUCAAUGUUCGUCACAUCGCCCUUCGGAGCACGAUAUUGAGCAAAGAAGGACUUCGACUCCUGAUUUCUGCAACAGGGCCCUUGGAGUACUUUCUGUACAUGGGUGCCUAUUGCUUUGGAGACAACUUUUGUUCCAUCCAAGAUAUUUGCGAAAUCCUGGCACUCAGAAAGGACAGCCUGAAAGUGCUUAUUGCAGUGCCAGCUCACACAGCAUAUAACUUCACAGCGGGAAGACGACAUGUCAACGUUCAGCACAUGCGCAUGGCCCUGGCGGACAUCUGGUUGCCUGUGCUUGAUGACGAUAUUCGAGACGAUCAGAUACUAGUGAGAGGCUUGCCACCGUGCCUCGAGACUGUCUACUUCGACACCGCGGAUAAUAUACUGGAGGAUUUGUUGGAUGUCGUUAUCACCUACAUUCAGUCGAGCUAUCGGAAAGAUCCCAAUGACCAGGCUCUCAAGGUAGUGCAUAUUCUGGUGUGCAUGUAUUCUGACCGGGAAACGAUGGAGCAGUCGCCUGACUCCAUACACAAUUCAGCCCUGAAGCUGAUCCAAGAGAAAUGCGGAGAUUUUCUGAAACAUGGUAAGGUAGUUAUUCGGGCUGUCUGGGCUGAUGGCCAGGAUGAGGACGGUGGUCGUCUGUAG